UUGCAAGAACAGCCCUAAAUGCUCAGAGCUACAGAAAUAAGAAGAAAUUAAUUUAGGGUUUUUCUUGUAAAUUCUAUAACUUUGCAAAGAAAGGUCGCGUAGAGGUGGGAGAUGUCUCAUUUUGAUCAGAACUUCGUGGGCUACAAUUGUAACUUAUUAAGAGAAAGUUACAAUAAAAAACCCUAAACUAAUUUCUUCUUUUUUCUGUAGCUUUGAGCAUUUAGGGCUGUUCUUUGUAAAUUCUAUAACUUUGCAAGGAAAGAUCGCGUAGAGCUGGGGUAUGUUUCAUUUUAAUCAGAAAUUUGUGCGCUACAAUCCUGCAUUGUUAAGAAAUGAUUGGGUUAUUUUUUGGGGUUUCUGAAAAACUGGUUUUCUAGAAGACUGAAUCUUCGAAGGCCUACAGGCAAGUCCCAUAACCAUAUUCGGAAUCAGCAUGGUCGAUAACCUAUAACCCACUAGAUGUCGAUCAAAAAGGGAUUUAUAACCUCGAAAGGUUCCCUCGUGAAUUAGUGUGAUACGACGAAAAAGCUUUUUUUUACAAUAACAACGAUAUCUAUACUUUAAAAAAGAUUUAAAAGAGCCUAAAAUGUAGUCUAAAUAUUUAAGAAUAGUGUUACUAUAAGCAAGAAAAAAUGAUCAUUACUAUCAAAUACAUUCUUUACAUCUACUACAUCAGCAGCCCUGAUAACAGUUUUCAUCCCUGAAUCAAUGAGAAACAAAAUAGAAAAUUUUUUUUUUUAUGAAGAAUAACUUUCUGUUUUCACAAUUUAUUGAAUGUUUCAGAUCGAGCUGAUCGUCCACCCAUGUAGAACAGAACUAAAUACGAUAUUGUUUUUGUUUUAAGGAUUUUAUUUCUGAUAAUGAAAUUUUUUGUGAUAGAAUAGCUGAUCUAGACAGACGUUUAGGACGAAUAACGUGUCAAGCGUUCACCGAUACCAAUGGAUUGGAAAGCAUGUUUAAGUUAAUCCACGUGUUUGGUGGUCUGUUAGAGCGCUCAAUUAUUCAUAAUGAUUUUAAACAAAAUUAUAAUAUUGUUUUGGAACAAUUAGAUAAAGAAAUGGAUGAUGCCAAGAAAAUAUUUGAUGAACAAAUGGAAUUUCAACAAGAAUAUGGUUCUAUUCAACUUAAUCGGAAUAUGCCAAAAGUGGCAGGAAGUCUGAUGUGGGCAGAUGAAUUAAAACAACGGUAUACAUUACCAAUGGAACAAUUUAAAGCAAUUGAUAAUAGUAUAAAUCAUUCUCCUGACACAAAACGUGUCGAAGAUAAAUAUGAAGAAUUAAAUGAAUUAUUACGAAAAUUCCUCGAAACUGUUCUUCGUGAAGUAAGAUAUUUAGAAAUAAAAGAUCGCAAAGAUAUACCAAAAACAGCAUUAGACAUUUACGAGCAUAAUGACACAUAUUUAGCGUAUAUUAAUAAUUUAAAUUACACCGUUUCUUCGUAUAAUAAAAUUCGUGAAACAGUUUCAGAAGUUGAAUAUCCUCUAAUUGAACGACAAGUAGAAAGUAUUGAUCAACAAUUGGAAAAAGCAGAAAAAACUUUAACAUGGGCCACAUCUAAUAUUGGUGAAUAUAUAUUACAAACUCGAAAUAAAGUUUUUGAUCUUGAACAACGUUUACAAAAAUCUAAAAAUAAUGUACAAGAAAUUCAAAAUCUUAUGUCAACAUGGAAUAAAACACCGUUGUAUGAACGUGCACAUGAAAAAGGUGAAACAUUGUUAAUAUUAUCGGAUUUGGAUGAACGUUUAAAUAAACAUUAUCGUGAAAUUCGUGAAGCCGGUGAACGAAUACAUAUUCUAUUAAAUGAAAAUAAACAAUAUCUUGAAGUUGAUACGAAUAAUGAUUAUUGGAAAGCUUACGUUGAAUAUGUCGAUGAAAUUGUAACCGAUGGAUUUUAUGCGAUUGUUCAAUGUGAUUUAGAUUUUUUAAAGAAGAAACAAAUACAAAAAAUAAUCCUGAUCCAUUAUUUCAAAUUACGUUAG